CCUCCUGACAGCGGAGAAAAGAGAACGAAAUGGCCCAGAGAAGAAACAGCGGAAGCAACCUCUUCCUGACAGUCGUGUACAUGUUGGCCAUGUGCAGGGCCAUUCCCAUCAACGAUUUGCUCAACCGAGCCUCCCAGAGCUCAGACAAAAUGUACUCCCUCAGCACAGUGCUCACCCAGGACCUGGCGUCCCACAUUUCUCCAAUGAGCUGGCCAACGAUGGAACGCCCUGCGCUGUGCCACACCUCUGUGCUGCCGACCCCCAACGACAAAGAGCAAACUCUACAAGUAUCUGAGUCAGCUCUGAUGUCUUUGGCCCGCUCCCUGCUCCAAGCCUGGGACAAGCCCCUGGUGAUCCUCUCCAACAACGCCAACACUCUGCCUCACCCUGCUAGGAACAGCAUUUCCAACAAGAUCCAGGAGCUGCAGGAGCACUCCAAAAGCCUGGGAGAUGGCCUGGACAUACUAUCUGGCAAGAUGGGUCCAGAUGCUCAGGUUGUCUCCUUUCUGCCCUACCACGGAGGCACUGACCUGGGCCAUGACCGAAACACUAAACUACAGAAGUUCAACUUUCUACUUUCUUGUUUCCGUCGCGACUCACACAAGAUUGACAGCUUCUUGAAAGUGCUACGGUGCCGUGCAGCAAAGAUGCAACCCGAGCUGUGCUAGAGCCAACAUUAGCCUGUGUGUGGGGGUAAUUAUCUUGUACCAGCUAGAAACUAACGCAUAGUACGCUUGGAGGAUGGUAGAUAAGGAGGAAUUAGAUGGUGCACACCUUCAAAAAGCAUAAUUUCUUAGAUUUAAAAAAAAAACUAUCACACAAAACCCUGAAUUCCACAGAUCUGAAAUUUAUAAUAAGAUAAUAAGAGAAAACACUUUUUUUUUUAAAGGCUCAU